AUGCGCAACCUUCGCAACCUCCGAUUCGGAAGAUGGCGGCAUCCCGACAUCACCGCCGCCUGCUGGGAUCCCGAGAAUGACGAGAUUGUGUGCACGAUAGGGCCGACUGCCGAGAACCCGACGAUUGAGCUGGUCAGACUGUCGGACGCUGAUUCCAUAAAUCGACGCACACUUACUCGCUGGGAUGCGCCCAGUCCGAACCCCGAUCUCCUCGUCGACCGCAUCGUCAAUCUUCACUAUCUGAGUGGCAGCGGCACAACAUGUCUCGUUCUAGAAGGCGGUGAUAUCAUUACGGUGCGGGAGGAUCUUUCGACUGGCCAUGUUCACAUUGAGAUUAUGGGAUCUAUUGAUGCCGGAAUUGCGGCCGCGCGAUGGUCCCCGGACGAGGAGCUGCUUGCCGUGGUCACCAAGGCUGACACUGUCGUCUUCAUGGGAGGCGCCUUUGACCCCGUUGCCGAAGUCACCAUGACCGAGGAGGAUCUCAAGGCGUCAAAGCACGUAUCAGUAGGAUGGGGCAAAAAGGAAACACAGUUCCAGGGCCGCGGCGCAAAGGCCCUCCGAGAUCCCACGAUACCUGAAAAGGUCGAUCAGGGCCUUCCGAGCACCAACGAGGACGGGUCGGUAUCCAUUAGCUGGCGUGGAGAUGGUGCGUUCGUAGCCAUCAACUCGGCUCAAGAGGGCUUUCGACGAGUAAUCAGGGUGUAUUCCCGUGAGGGAGAGCUGGAUAGUGCCAGCGAGCCCGUCGACGGGUUUGAAGGUGCUCUGAGCUGGAGACCGUCUGGCAAUCUGAUUGCUGGUAUUCAGCGCCUGGCGGAUCGAGUCGAUGUUGUAUUUUUCGAGCGCAACGGCCUACGACACGGACAGUUCACUCUGCGGUCACCGAACGGGGCUGUUUUGGAUGCCAGCGACGCCAGGAUUCGACUCGAGUGGAACUCGGAUUCGACAGUUUUGGCAGUCAUUCUCACGGAUACCAUCCAGCUUUGGACUAUGGGCAACUACCAUUGGUAUCUCAAGCAAGAGAUUGCCAUGGAGCCGGGAUUUGCCUGCCUAGCCUGGCACUCGGAAAAGGCACUUCGAUUCGCAGCGGCAUCUGCUGGGAGCCUCAUCCUGGCCGAGCAAAUCUUCCACACGUCUCGAGGUUCAUGCCGGCUACCCAACGAUAAUGGUGUAGUUGCUGUCAUUGAUGGAGAGAACGUCAAAAUUACUCCCUUUCGCACUGCCAACGUGCCUCCUCCCAUGGCCCUAUUUGAGGUCAAGGCAGAGUCCUCUGUGGUUGAUGUAGCCUUUGGACACGGAAAUUCCUCAUUCGCAGUCCUGCAUCAGAAGGGCGUGGAUCUCUACGAGCUGCCCCUAAAGAAUGGAAGAUCUACUAGGCCAGUGGAGAGGCUCAAGCUUCCAUUUGAUACCCCUAAUAUGCCAGAGCACCACAUGCCGCUGAGAAUCUGCUGGGUGUCCGAUAACAGCUUACGUUGCAUGGGCUACCAAGACGAUUUGGGCCAUUUGCAGCUGGUUGUAUCUACUGGCGAAGGAAAUUCUGCUGAGAUUAGUAUGCUGGACAGCAAUCUGGUACUAGGAGCUGCCGCAACUCGGGAUGAUGAUUCUGCCGUGGAAAGCUACGGCCAAGACCAGUCCGGCAGAUUGUAUAGGCUCUCCAACUCGGGUGACGACCUUCUUCCUGUUCAGUUCGCGACACAACUCCCGUGGUUCGAAAUCAGCAAGCAUGAUGACGUCGAGAUGGCUUUCGGUCUUUCAAGGGCCGGCCACAUCUUUGCAAACUCUCGGCUGCUGGCCAAGAACUGUACAUCCUUUAUUGUCACGCCUAAUCAUCUCAUCUUCACCACGAGCAACCAUUUCGUCAAGUACGUGCACUUGGUGGCAGACGUCGAGGAUUUGGAGGUUCCUGCUGAUGAUCCCGAAAAGGAUGAGAGAUGCCGCAGCGUGGAGCGUGGUUCCCGUUUAGUCACCGCAAUGCCAACCAACAUGAGCAUUGUGCUACAGAUGCCACGAGGAAAUCUAGAAACCAUCUUCCCCAGAGCCAUGGUCGUUGCCGGUAUCAGAAGCCUCAUUGAGGAAAAGAACUACGCACGAGCCUUUUCAUACUGCCGGUCCCAGCGAGUUGAUAUGAACAUUCUGUACGACCACAAGCCUGAGCAGUUCCUCUCAUGCGUCAGCCUAUUCUUGGACCAGCUAAAGGAGGUAUCUUAUAUUGAUCUCUUCCUCUCAUCACUCAGAGAGGAAGAUGUCACGCAGACAAUGUAUCUAGACACCAAGCGGGCAAAAGCCCUGCCCUAUGGUAUCAAUACGGCCCCUGAGGCAUUGCCUUCGCAGAAGCCUCACGGCUCCAAGGUCAAUGCUAUCUGUGACGCAGUUCUCAAGGCCCUUCAAUCCCACAAAACGACUCACCUCCAAAACAUCAUUUCAGCUCAUGUCUGCAAAGUUCCUCCUGCUAUGGAUGACGGACUGACCCUCGUUGCUGAGCUGAUGCAAGAGGAUGAGAAGCUCGCAGAAAAGGCUGUAGAGCACAUUUGCUUCUUGGUCGACGUCAACCGGGUGUAUGAAAACGCCCUAGGUCUAUACAAUCUUGACCUUGCUUUGCUUGUUGCGCAGCAGUCUCAGCGAGACCCAAGAGAAUACCUCCCCUUUAUUCAGAACCUUCACGUCCUUUCCGAGCUUCGUCGCAAGUUUGAGAUUGACGACCAUCUCGCCCGCCGGCAAAAGGCCUUGGCUCAUCUCCAAGCUCUUGAUGCAUUCGACGAGCUAUGCAACUACACCAGCAAGCACGACCUCUACCAAGACUCCCUCAAACUGUACCGAUACGACCCACCCCGCUUGCAGACCCUAACUGAAAUCUAUGCCAUCUACCUCGAGUCCAAGUCUCAAUACCGGGAAGCAGGCCUGGCAUAUGAGUCAAUCAAGAACUAUGCCAAAGCCACCAGCUGCUACCGCUCAGCCGGUGCCACAUGCUGGCAAGAAUGCCUCUUCACUGCCUACCAGCAAGAUCCUCCUCUCUCCGCAGACAGCAAAGCCGAGCUUGCCACCGCUCUUGCAGACGCGCUUUGGGAGGCCAAGGACUUUUCCUCUGCCGCGACCAUUCAUCUCGAUUACCUAGCCUCACUCGAGAUGGCUGUCAAGUGUCUCUGCCGUGGCUACCAUUUCGCUGAAGCCAUCCGCCUCGUCAUCCAGAACUCACGCCCGGAUCUUCUCGAGACUGCCAUUGACGUCGGGCUCGCCGAAGCGCUUGGGCGAACCACAGAGUUCCUGGCCGAUUGCAAAGCUCAGCUCCGUGCUCAAGUUCCCCGCGUUGCUGAGCUGCGACUCAAGGCUGCUGAAGACCCUCUUGCCUUUUACGAGGGUGAGCGGGCUGGCGGGAUGGACAUCCCCGAUGACGUCUCCGUGGCAGCAAGUUCGCGCGUUAGCACGUCGGCGAGUUUGUUCACGCGCUACACCGGCAAGGCGGGUAGUGUUGGUACCGCUGGUACGGGCGUUAGCAGAGCGACGAGCAAGAAUCGGCGGCGUGAGGAGAAGAAGCGUGCCAGAGGUCGAAAGGGCACUGUUUACGAAGAGGAGUAUCUCGUCAACAGUGUCCGACGACUGGUUGAGCGCGUGGAGGCGUCCAAAUCCGAGGUGGAGAGACUGGUGUUUGCUCUCGUGAGGAGAGGAAUGGCGGAGCGGGCUCGCGCGGCGGAGACGCUCAUGGCGGACGUCACGGAGGCGUGUGAGGCUGCUGUGAGGGAAGUGUUUGCCGUAUCGGCGGAGCAGCAGCAACAGCAACAGCAGCAGCAGGAUCAACAGGCUGCUGCCAAUGAGGCAAAUGCGUGGAAGGCUACGGGGGGUGAGGGCGUGUUUCAGGAGUGGAUGCAAGAGCAGGGCAAGAAGAUGGAGCCGCCGGUGAUAUCAGGGAUGAAGAAACUAGCAUUGCUGGGAUGA